AUGGCUUUGUGCUUCUGUGGAAUCCUAGGAAUCUCGAGAGCCUCGUCAAUCUUGCUUUCCGGGGGAACUGUUAUUGCUUUCGACCAGGAUACAGAGGCUCUCCAAGUCCUGCACAACACCUCUGUGCUGAUAGUUGAUGAUAGGAUUGUUUCCCUCUUCGAUGUCCAAUCGGACGCUCUCGCCAUUCCCGAAGGGACGGAGGAAAUCGAUGUCACUGGCAAGAUUGUGAGUCCCGGUUUUGUUGACACGCAUCGGCAUGGAUGGGAGACCGCUUUCAAAACAAUUGCAUCGAACACGAGUCUCGCCGAGUAUUUUGUCCGCUACGGAGAGUACGCUGCUGCAGAUAAGUUCACGGCCGAAGAUGUGUACAUUGGCCAGUUAGCUGGUCAGCUAGAGGCAUUGAAUGCUGGUGUCACCACGAUUCUGGACCAUGCUCACGGCUCCUGGUCUAAUGAAACGGCUCAAGCCGGUCUCGAUGGCUCCAUUGAUGGCGGCGCAAGAGUGUUUCACGCAUUCACCGUACAUGAGCUCAAUAACGGUUGGACCUUUGAGGAUCAACUUGCAAAAUUACUAAGCGUGGCCGAGGAAGGAAAAUACAGGAAUACCACUGUCUCCCUGGGUAUUGCUUUUGAUGGAUGGAGUACUUCCCCUGUGGACCGAGUGAAUAGCCUGAUUGAUGCUGCCAGGCAAGCCAAUGUCUCUGUCGUCACCACUCACUAUGGCAGCGGAAGCUAUGGCAAUAUCAACGGUCCCGAGGUCUUGCACUCCUACAAUUUUCUUAACAUCAGCACGCCAGUGAUCUUCUCGCACGCGAAUGGGCUCACUACUGGAGAAGCGUCUCUCCUACGUAGCACGAACCAGUACAUUUCCACGACUGCUGAGUCGGAAGCAGCUUAUGGCGUCGGUCCCGUAACUGCAUACCACAUCGCAGACCAAGGUGCCCUUGGCAUCGAUACGCACAGCACCUUCUCUGGAGAUAUGAUCACUUCCGCUAGGUUCUGGCUACAGAGUGUACGACAAGUUCUUUACGAGCAGGUCCUGGACAAGUGGAACGUUCCGGUGAACAACCCAGUGUCUGCCAACCAGGCGUUCUUGAUGGCGACUAGGCACGGCGGCCUCGCUCUACAUCGCGACGAUCUCGGUAUUAUUGCUGAAGGCGCGAAAGCGGACCUUGUGGUCUUCAGCACUGAUAGCCCUGGCCUUCUAGGAUGGGUUGAUCCUGUGGCGGCUGUGAUACUGCACGCGAACGUCGGGGAUAUAGAGCACGUGCUUGUAGGGGGAAAUGUCCAGGAUCUGUUGGACAGCCGUGAUAAGGCCCACUGUCUCUGCUGCCACGACGAGGAUCUCGGCUUUGAUCGCGGUGAGGCUAUCAGGGUCUCUUGGCCCAAGCACCCUCUGGUCGACCAGCCCUCUCCCGCAGAUUCACAACAAUUGAUCGUGAACCUUGUCAAGGAAAAACUUUUCCAAGAAGCCUGCAUGGCCCGACCUACAACUGGUUCUGUGUUCGGUCCAAAAUCCAUCCCGACUGAUCGUGCUGCGAUCAACCUAGCUAUCGUGCAAGCAAAUGAGCGACUGGCCACGGCACAGACCUUCCAGACACACUUCGGCUCCGUUAUGUGCACUUCAGGCCUGCGCACAGUAACCCCCUUCGAAGACGGUCCCCUCUCUUACUUGGACUGGGGUUUGGUCAAGGUCGAUGAUUCGCGUCUUCCUAGCGAUGCAUUCGUCACCAAUGCCCCAACUGCAAAUGUCCGUAAGGUACUACUUCAUGCGGAGGAGGAGUAUAAGUACAAGGACUACGAUGGCAACGAGUACGUCUACAAGGUCGGCCGUACCACCGGCGUCACGGUCGGCCGAUUGGCCGGCACUGAGUGUAUUGUUCGACGAUACGAGCGCUUCGACCAGGCCGGCUCACUGAUCGAUCGCCUCGAGCUGAACACCGUCGAGAAGGUGGUCGUCUGCGCCAAGGGAUUCGACACAUUUGCCGACUUUGGCGACUCGGGCGCGCUGCUGCGCAGCCCGGCGAAUGUGCCCGUCGGCCUCUUCUUCGGCGGCCCCGUGAACGAGAAAGCGCAGAAAUCGACUCUUGAGGGGCAGGCUCAGGCUCAGGCUCAGGACAACGGCAAAGUCGCCAUCUACUUUGUCGGGCGCUGCGUGGACCUCCGGGGCAUCUACCUCUACACCCCCUUUGACAUCGUGCUGGCGAACAUGCACGCCGAGCUGGCCAAGUUCUUCGGCGAAGGCGACGUCAAGCUCUCGUAUCUUGCUUGA